AUGUCUGAAAAACAACAAGAAAUCAUCAAACAACAAACUCCAAAGGAGAAUAUUAUAGUAUCCACUGAAAACAACUCACCAACUUUAAAUUCAAGUAAUUCGAGUGCGAAGAGAAUAAUUAAAAAGAAUGCCAAUAAGAAAAAGAGAAAGAAUAUUUGUUUUAUGGAUAAUUGUUCAAAUGCUGCAUUAAAAUUCAUUGGAGAUUGCAAUUUCUGUCAUGGUCAUUAUUGUUCAAAACAUAGAAUUAUGGAAAAUCAUAAAUGUACCGGAUUAGAUAGUUGUAAAGAACAAAUGCAUAAGAGAAAUGCAGAUAAAUUAGAUAAAGAACAAACAAUAAUACCAAAGAUUCAAAUAUAA